AACUAAACCCCUAUAUAAAUAAACCUCUCUGUCUCCUCUAAAACACUCUGUUCUUUCAUCAUCACAAUUUAUAUUUCCGAGUUAGAUUAGAUUUAUGCGUUAUAGAUAGAUCAUGAGCAACUUUCCAAGAUCUUUAACAGACUCUUCUUUUACUCUCUUCAAAUUAGCCAUCUCUUCUUCUGAUCCUUGGCCUUUCUCUCUAAUCUCCUUCUUCUAACCCCCAAAUCUCUCAAUUGUACAAUCUUUUUCUUUUUCUUUUUCUCUACAAAAAACACAACAAUUCACAUAUUUUAGAGGUGCAAUUCUUGUUUUUUAAACUUGUUGUUGAUUAGUACAGCUAUGGGUACCGGAGAAAAACACCAUCAUCAUCAUCAUCAUCUGAAUUUCCAUUUUCACGUGCCACACAUUAGCUUUCAUCAUCAUAAUGGGAAGAAAGAAUUGAAGAAUAUACCAAAAGGGUGUCUUGCAGUUAUAGUAGGUCAAGGAGAAGAACAACAGAGGUUUGUUAUCCCUGUGAAUUAUAUCAACCAUCCCUUGUUCUUGCAGCUACUCAAAGAAGCAGAAAAAGAAUACGGAUUUGAUCAUAAAGGACCGAUUAAUAUUCCUUGUCAUGUUGAAGAGUUUCGCCAUGUUCAAGGCUUGAUUGCUAAGGAAAAUCCACAUCAUCACCAUCAUCAUCAUAAUCAUCAUUGGUGCUUCAAGGCCUGAUUAUUAUUUUUAUAAUUUUUCUAUAGUUACAUAUCUUGAUGCUUAGUAGUUUUUGACUCGGAAUUCUAAGUGCCUACACUGAUGUAAAUUUCUAGUUUUGCGUCGAGUCUUUUCUUGGGCUAGUUUUUCUUGUUCUUUUUUACAUGCUAUGUUCCAAGAUGUUCAUGUACCCAAAAGUGUGGUGAAAGACUAUGGACAACUUAAGUUGGAAUAAUAUUCAUAAUACCGAUUUUUCUUUAAUUUUUCA